AAUCAUCUGAAAUCCGAAUUUUUAGAGUUUUAAAACUCGUGACUCGCGCAGACGCACGCAGACGCAAAAAGCCAAGACAAAACGCCAUUCUUUUUUGUCGAUUCUUCCUUCUUUGAAAAUUGAAAUUUCACAUCAGAGUUUCUCAGUUUGUCUCUCUUCCCAGACACGAGACGAGACGUUGAGAGAGAGAGAGAGAGAAAGAGAGAGGCAAAUAGAUUAUCCCGAAGCUGAAGUUGUUUUCCGGCCACCGGAAAUUAAUUUCCGAUGGCGAUGACUGACCGCCAGGAUCCGAGUGCGGAGAAGAAGCUCUUCAGGCUAUUCCCGUUCUGGCAGAGGAGAAGAACUACAACCUCCUCUUCUCCGUCCUCAACACAGAACCCCAGCCAAAAUUACCGUAGCCGCCAUCAUGGACAUCGGAAUACUGAUGUCUCCGGCGCUCCGAAGCCGUCCUCCUCCUCGACCAUCUCUUCCCUCGCGAGAUCACUUCUUCCGGCUCGCCGUCGUCUCCGUCUAGAUCCUUCCACUUAUCUGUAUUUCCCUUAUGAACCUGGUAAACAAGUGCGCAGCGCAAUCAAGCUUAAAAAUACUAGCAAAUCUCAUACUGCAUUUAAGUUCCAAACAACUGCACCAAAAAGUUGUUACAUGCGUCCCCCUGGUGGUGUUUUGGCUCCAGGAGAGAGCGUCUUUGCAACUGUGUUCAAGUUCGUUGAACACCCAGAGAACAAUGAGAAACAGCAGUUGAACCAGAAGAGCAAGGUUAAGUUUAAGAUUAUGAGCCUGAAAGUGAAACCGGGAGUAGAGUUUGUGCCUGAGUUGUUUGAUGAGCAAAAGGACCAAGUAACAGUAGAGAGGGUUCUUCGGGUCAUUUUUCUUGAUGCGGACCGCCCAAGUGCUGCACUAGAGAAACUGAAACGUCAACUGGAUGAAGCUGAAGCUGCAGUUGAAGUAAGAAAGAAGCCUCCACCAGAGACAGGGCCUCGCGUGGUCGGAGAGGGUCUUGUCAUAGACGAAUGGAAGGAGAGAAGAGAGAAGUACCUUGCUCGACAACAAGUCGAAGCCAUAGAUUCUUCAUCCUAAAAUGCAGAGAGCAACAUGGAUUUGUUAUAGCAGAGAGGUAAAAAGACGCUCUUUUCCUUUCAUCUUUUGCAGCUGUACAUAAUUAAUUUGAUUAUCCGUCGAUUAUAUGUGUAUCUCUCUAGACGAUUUACUUUGUGGUUCUUGUAUGUCUGUUUGUUGUGUGAUUCAGCCGGUUAUACUCUUCCAUCAAAUUUUGUAAUUUCGGUUUAUCAAAGUCCGUUCUAGAAUCGAACCAAAUUUAGUUCGUUUUUAAGUUUUGGAUUGUGCUAGUGUAGCUUUUUUUAUUUCCCAAACUCAGUUGGAAGUAACCAAAGUGAAGAAGACCACACUACUGAUCAUUCUUUUGUAUAUUUUUCUCCGUUUUGAUCCAAU